AUGGGUAAAGAUAUAGAUAUUUCCACAAACCAGGAGCACUUUGUCAGAGAGGCAUUGAAACUAGGCAUCAGAACAGACGGCAGAUCUCUUCUUGAGUCGAGAAAACCCAUCAUAUCGCUAUCUCCUGAUCUUUAUGGGUUUGUUGAAAUAGAGUGGGGCCUCACCAAGUUGGCCGUACGAAUCUCCGCUGAGAUAUUGCAACCGUACGAGGACAGACCUUUUGAAGGCUUGUUCACGAUAAACACAGAAAUUUCACCAAUGGCAUCUCCACACUUUGAAAACGGAAAGAACACAGAUGACGAAGUAUUGAUAUCCAGAUUGAUUGAAAAGGCUAUUCGUAGGUCCAAUGCUCUUGAUUUGGAGUCUUUGUGUAUAGUAGCAGGUAGCAAAGUAUGGCUGAUCAGAGCUGACAUACAUUUCUUGAACUUCGAUGGUGGGCUCAUUGACAGUGCUUGUUUGGGAGUUAUGACUGCCUUGCAGCACUUCAAGAAACCAGAUAUUUCUGUAAAUGGAGAGGAUAUAAUCAUUCAUCUGUUGGAUGAGAGACAACCAGUGGCUCUCUCCAUUCUCCAUGUCCCCAUUUGCGUUUCCUUCUCAUUCUUUAACCCUGGAGCGGUAGAGGAGAACAUCAAGGGAGAUUUAAACGAAGAGAUCUCCAUAAUAGAUUGCACCCAGCAAGAGGAGCUUCUUAGAGAUGGUACCCUUGUGAUUACUAUAAACAAGAACAGAGAGCUUAUUCAGAUACUGAAGAGCGGAGGGUUACCUAUUGAUGCUACGAUGUUGAUGGACUUGAGCAGCAGGGCUCUUUUGAUUGCUGAGGAGCUUACCGAUAUGGUGAAGGAUCUCUUGAAGAAGGAUGAGCAAGAAAGAUACAAGAAAUUGAACUUGAAGAUGUUACAAGCUGAAAAUAGUAGAUAG